AUGUCGCUUCUUCCCAAACUCCGUCAUGGCGCCAAGGUGCUCAUUCUCGACUCGUCCUUCAACCCACCGACACUCGCCCAUCUCGCCCUUGCCCGCUGCGGCAAUGACUAUGACGCUCGGAUCCUCAUGCUUUCUACGACCAAUGCCGACAAGAAACUCGCGCCUGGGGACGUCACUAUCGCCCUGCGCCAAAGCAUGAUGGCGCUCCUGGGGUUCCAUAUCGCGGUCGUUGAUGAGCCGACGUUUGUAGGCAAAGCACGAAAACUGCAUGCAGAGAUGCCGAGCGCGACGUGGGAUUUCGUGAUGGGUUGGGAUACAGUAGAAAGGGUAUUUGCAGAGAGGUACUACACGGGGAAGGAUAUGGUUGCUGAGCUGAAAGAGUUUUUCUUUGAGAGUCGGGCAAGGAUCGUAUAUGCGCCAAGGGCGGGAGCAGGCGGGAUUGAUGUCUGGGCGGCGGUGGAGCGGGUCGGGGCAAGAGAAAAGGUCGUGCAGGCGGCGAUCUCGGACGAGUUUGUGGCCUACAGUUCGACUGCCGUCAGGAAUGCUAUCAAGUCUGGUAAAGGGUCAUGGCGCGAUAAGGUGCCGCCGGCUAUUGCCGAAUAUAUAGACAAGGAGCGUCUGUAUUCUUCUUGA